AUGAAUGUCAACAAGAAACUCGAUCGUUUUAAACAAUGGGCGGGAGAGCGUAUGGGCGGGGAAGUCAAGACCAAUGUAUCCGAUGACUUCAAGGCCCUGGAGCUGGAGAUGGGCCUCCGUCAAGAUGGUCUCGAAAAAAUGCAGCGAUCUAUGAAUGCCUACAUCAAAGCCAUCUCCAAACGAUCCGAGGUGGAGGGUAAAGAGAAAACUCUUCCGAUCGCCUACAUGGGCGGGACCAUGAUUUCUCAUGGCGAGGACUUUGAGACGGAUUCAGAAUAUGGUCAAUGUCUCAACAUGUUUGGCCGAACACAGGAGCGACUGGCUCGCACACAGGAAACCUACAUCACAAAUGCCACCACCUCCUGGCUGGAGUCUCUCGAGAGAUCUUUGGUCCAACUGAAAGAAUACCAGGCCGCACGCAAACGACUUGAGACGCGCCGACUGGCUUAUGAUACAUCGCUGGCCAAGAUGCAGAAGGCCAAGAAGGAGGAUUUUCGCGUCGAGGAGGAACUGCGGACUCAAAAGGCCAAAUAUGAAGAGUCGGCCGACGACGUUCAGCGCAGAAUGGAGGAAAUCCGGGACUCGGACCCAGAAAGCGUGGCCGAUCUUGCAGCAUUCCUCGACGCCGAACUGGCUUAUCACGAUCAAUGUAGAGAAGCGCUAUUACAACUGAAGAGCCAGUGGCCUGCCAGAGCCCAGCUGUCAACUCGUGGUGGCCGACCCAAUCCUCGGUCCAGAUCAAACACUGUUCGGUCAUACACCCAGACUAUUGAGCCGGCGGAGGAAACGCCGCCAGUGGUCGAAAUGCGCCCGACUAUCAAGUCGAAUCGCAGCGGCCGUUUCGCUGACCAACCUACUUCCGAAUAUUCGCCAGCACGCCCGAAUUAUGCCAGAGCUACUACGUUCAAUGACUCUCCUACAGCUAGGGAUCUGUCUCCCGCCACCAGGCCGGGAAUUGCGCGAAUCCCCAGCGAUUCGUUGAUGAUUCGAACCGCGCGAUCGCAGCUACGAAGCGUGGAUGAGCAGGACGUUUUUGCAGAUGAAUCCACAAACAGUGGCUCUGACCGCGGUUACGGGGAUCAAUCUGUAUCCCCCGCAACUUCCCAUGGCAGUGAAUCAGUGACUCUCCUGGGCGGUAGAAAGAGUGCUGUUCCGCCUCCACCUCCUCCAUCACGCUCCAAGAAACCACCACCUCCUCCUGUACCAGCAAAGAGAACUGUUCUCACAUAG